AUGGACGACCCAUUCGCAGCCCCGCCCCUGGGUGGCAACCUGCCUCGCCAGCGAUCUCGUCCCAAUCUUGCCAACCCCAUUCCUGCUCCUCCAUCCUCACGAUCAAUCGCAUCAAUGGCUCGAACACCCUCCCCACAGAAGAAACGACAAGAAAUGACCGGUCAAGCAUUAAGACAGCACUUGCAGUCUCUGCUCGAGCAGAAGUCAACCCAAUUGCAGACGCUGGGUACAAUGGGUCAAGAGAUUUUGAAACAGCAACAGGAUCUAGAAGAGAGAAUAAGAGAUUUCGAAGAUGCCGAUGAGAGCGAUGAAGAGGAGAUCAGGGAAGAUACGAAAGAGAGGUUGAGGGAGUUAGAUCAAGCUAUGAGGAUGUGGGAAAAUCAGAAUGAAGAUAUGAUGAGAGGCUUGGGUGGAAAAUCCUCGGAUCCUCUUGAAGACUUUUCGCUUGCUAUACCAUCCCCUUCCAAAGGUUCCCAACCUAAUGCUCCCAGUACUCUCACGCGCCGUCAGAGGAACGCUCAGCAUCGUACCUUAGAUAUGGAAUUUGCGACGGAGAUCGGUCAGAAUCUGUUAGUCGAAGUAAGAAGACUCCAAGCUCUGUUGAGUGAAAGGGAUCGUGCGCUAGAGAAGUUCUCCGAAGAGAAAGAAAAUUGGGAAGGAGAGAAGCAAAGUAUUCUCAGUGCUAUCAGAGCAGCUGAAGGCAGCGUUGAACGGUAUAAGGAGGAGAACUGGAAUCUCGAAGUAAACCUGCAGGAAUUACGAUCAUCCCUCGCCGACGUGCAAGAUCAGUUCACCAAAUCCAAUGCUGAGCAGACUCGACUCGCGAAGACACUCGUCUCUACUAGAGAAGCUGUUGAAGCAUACAAGACUGAUGCUGAAAAGAACGCUCAGUUGGUCGAAGAGCUCAAAGUCAAACAUGAAACCGAUAUGGCUCAAGCUAGAAAGACAACCGCCGGAUUACAAAGGGACAAGAGUGACCUUCUCACCGAACUGAAUGGCGAGAGGUUGAGAAGAGUCAGUGCUGGUCGAGGUAGACUAUCGAAGUCUAUGAGCGCUAGUCCUGGUAUGCUCGGCCCAAAUGGUGUAGAAGAUGAUGAUGAAGAUGUCUUUGCUGCUGGAGGUAAGGGUAACACAAGUCCUACCAAACGUGGACCAGGCUUCGACGAACAUGAUCAAGCUCUUUCACCAUCACAACUCUACGAAUCCGAUUUCGAUUCGCCAAAUCCUACCCCUUCUAAACCCUUCCCUCGAUCUCCUCUUGGCGAAAUGUAUGUCAAUGAGAUUGACCAAUUGCGAGACAACCUCGCUAAAGCCCAACGAGAAAUCGAGAUCCUCAGGGGUGAGAAUGCAAGAAACAGAUCGACCAGCGAUCUGUCCUCCAACAAGAGUAUUGAUGAAUUUGGAAGUCGAACACCAGGUGCAGAUUGGGAAGAUGAUGAGGGAACCAUUGGAGCUAGUGGACGAGGAAGAGGAUCAAUGCGAGGUAGAAGAGGCAGAGGAAGAGGUAUCGCAGCUAGUAUUGGUCGAAAACUUGGUUUCAACCGUUCUAUUAUCAGUACCCCGGGAGACAAGAGCUUCAACUCCACAAGCUCAGGUACUCCCGACCUUCUUCGAACUCGAGGUGUAUCAGGUAGUCCGGCACCUUCCACUCCGGGUACGCCAGGUGGUGAAGCUCUCGGUCGAGUACUUGGUCAGAACAACAACUCCGUGGAUACCUUCAACUCGCCCAGUCUCUCCAAUAGAUCAACAGACAGCAUCGGCCAACAGACAAGCUUUAUGGCUCCUGCCGGAGGUGCUUUGGCAGAUGAGAUAGGAACUCAAAUCGUGUCAACUUCUGCUGAUUAUGUUGAUGUGGCUAUCAUGACGGAUGAUUGGGAACCUGAGACAAUCAUAGUACCAUCAUCUAAUCAUGGUCUACAUCAAGAUACUCUACGAGCCCCUCAGAUCACGACCACUGCAGCAUCCAGCGCAUCAAUCGCUGAAUGGGCUUUGCAGACCCCUAAACGAAAUUCAUUCGAUGCAACAUUACAAAAUGAAGAUGCUCCUUCCUCUUCCACUCCAGCUCAACAACAAGGCGAUGCUACACCUACAAAGAGCACGGUUCCCUUACCUAUGCCAAGUCGAUUAGCGAAUGUGUUUACACGAUCUCAUUCGGUGGCAGACUCCAUCUCUACUAUGACCGGAACAGAUACCGAGGCAGAUUAUGAAGACGCCAGAGAAACAGUUGGAACUUUGACGCCUUCUCAAACUCAUUCGGAAUUACCGACUGAUACAGAAGCUUAUCAGACUGGACAAGAAUGGCCCAACGAGUCUUCUGCUGAUUCCGAUUCUGAUCGCGAAGACUCUAGGGAAAGAGAUCAUACGAUGCGUGGACUCAAGUUAUCUGGCGUUGGUACUGGUAGUGGUGGAUGGACUGCCGCCAAACAAGCUCAUAAAAAUGCUUCAGCCAAUAAGGAACGAGUCAUCGAAGUCCCCGUCGAAAGGAUUGUGGAAGUUGAAAAGAUCGUUGAAGUACCGGUUGAUCGAAUUGUGGAGGUCCCUGUAGAGAAGAUAGUGGAAGUUGAGAAGAUCAUAGAGGUACCUGUUGAACGCAUUGUGGAGGUUCAAAAGACAAUCGAAGUGCCGGUCGAAGUUGAAAAGAUCGUUGAGAAGAUUGUUGAAGUUCCAGUGGAGAAGAUCGUCGAAAUUGAAAAACGAGUCGAGAUACCCGUCGACAAGAUCAUCGAAGUGGAAAAGAUAAUCGAAGGUGAGAAAUUCGUUGAAGUACCCGUUGAAAAGAUUGUCGAGGUAGAAAAGAUAGUGGAGGUAGAGAAACGGGUUGAAGUGCCUGUGGAAAAGAUCGUGGAAGUUCAAGUCGAGAAAAUCGUUGAGGUUCCGGUCGAAAAGAUCGUCGAAGUGGAAAAACGGGUUGAAAUCCCUGUUGAAAAGAUUGUAGAAGUGCCUGUCGAGAAGAUAGUGGAGGUUGAGAAAGUGGUAGAGGUAGAAAAGAUCGUUGAGGUACCUAAGAUAGUGGAGGUUGAGAAGAUUGUCGAGAAGGAGAUUGAGAAGAUCGUGGUAGUCCCUGUGGAGAAGAUCGUGGAAGUGACCGUAGAAAAGAUCGUGGAGGUCGAGAAACCCGUUGAUAGGAUUGUGGAAGUCGAGAAGAUUGUGGAGGUGACCAAGAUCGAGGAGAAGAUCGUUGAGGUCGAGAAACCGGUCGAAGUUAUCAAGGAAGUACAAGUUGAGAAGAUAGUAGAGAAGACGGUGGAGGUUCCCAAGAUCGUUGAGGUUGAGAAAAUUGUAGAAAAGAUUGUGGAAGUAGAAAAGAUUAUUGAGAAGCCCGUAAAUGUUGAUGUGGAGAAGAUCGUUGAGAGGGUUGUGGAGGUUGAGAAACCUGUCGAGAAGAUAGUGGAAGUUCCUAAGAUCGUGGAGGUUGAAAAGAUUGUAGAAAAGAUAGUGGAGGUGCCUAAGGAAGUGGAAGUUAUCAGGGAGGUUGAAGUAGAAAAGAUAGUAGAGAGGAUCGUGGAAGUGAUCAAGGAGGUGGAAGUCGAAAAGAGGGUAGAAGUACCUGUGGAAAUCGAGAAGAUAGUGGAAAAGAUGGUCGAAGUACCAGUCGAGGUAGAGAAGAGGAUCGAGGUACCCGUGGAAGUGGAGAAGAUCGUUGAGAAACGGGUAGAAGUACCUGUUGAGGUGGAAAAGAUCGUGGAGAAGGUGGUAGAGAAGAUUGUUGAGGUUCCUGUGGAAGUUGAAAAGGUUGUUGAGAAGAUUGUGGAAAGGACUGUAGAAGUCCCAAUCGAAGUCGAAAAGAUCGUCGGAAAGGUAGUUGAGGUGGAAACCCGAGUGGAAGUACCAGUGGAGAAGAUAGUAGAGGUUGAGCGAAUCGUCGAGGUACCGGUUGAGAGGAUUGUCGAGGUCGAGAAGAUCGUUGAAGUACCAGUGGAGAAGGUUGUCACCGUUACCAAGACCAUCGAGGUUCCCGUCGAAAAGAUUGUGACCAUCGAGAAGAUCGUUGAGGUACCUGCUGCUCAACUCAAGGCCGAUCAAUCUGACUCAAGUAUGCAGACUGAACCUCUUCCUUCGACACCUUCUUCUCCUCUUGCGCCACCCCCUGACAUUUCGCUCUUCCGUGUUACCCCUGGUACCAAUUACGACUUCCUCAAAGCUCCUCCUGCUCCUGGGUCUUUGGGUAAGAGAGGUAGUAGACGAGUUUCCAACGAUCAUCUCGCUGCCGGCAACACUGAUUCUGGUCUUCCCCAAUCUCGAGAUCCCGCCUCACGUGCUAACAUCGAUGGCCUUCCACCUUCUUCUCCUACUGGAUCGACAGCUCCUGAUAGGACUAGACCUCCUACCAUCUCUCUUCCUCCGCCACCUGACAUACCACCUCCCCCCAACACGGCGGUCAAGAAGAUGUCUACCGGACCACCUCCUCGACCUAUGUCUCCUCCACCAGACGAUUUCAUGCAACGAGCUUCCACACCUACCAUGCAGAUGAGUGUGAAUCGACAGGGCUCACGAACCGCACCUUCUUCCUCUGCGGCCGCCAUGAGAAUUGCAGCAGGUGAUAUGCCACCUCCCUCAUCUGCUCAACGACAGACAUCCAGAGCAAAUUUCAAAGUACCUCGUUCGGUUCAAUCCACACCUGUAAGAGGGGAAAAUGACACAUGGCUCAAAUCAAGGGAAAGCGUCAAGCGACGGGCGACCAAAGUGGUUUCUUCAAGUGGUUAUGCAUCGGCUUCUUCAAGUAUGUCAGGAAUUGAUCAAAUCCCCAAUAUGCAUGAUAGGAACCCUUCCAUGUCUUCUUUCGAUAGUUAUGCUGGCACUGUUCCACAACAGACCGCUCAACAGCCCUCUCACGGCUCGACCGAUCCUACGACCAUUCACGCUAUCACCCAGACUAUGAUUGGUGAAUACUUGUUCAAGUAUACAAGAAGAACCGUCGGUAGAGGUCAAUCUUCGAACAGACACAGGAGAUUCUUCUGGGUACAUCCUUACACCAAAACCCUGUAUUGGAGUUCGGAAGAUCCUGGUUCUAGCAGAGUAUCUGAAUCGUCUGCUAAGUCUGUAUUCAUAUCGAGCGUUAGAGCGAUUGAAGAUCCGAAUGUCCAACCUCCUGGCUUGUUCAAUAAGAGUAUUGUGGUUGCAACUCCUGGAAGAGAGAUUCAGUUUACUGCUGAGAACAAGGAGAGACAUGAUCUAUGGAUGUCUGCCCUUCAAUUCCUCUUACAACAACAGAAUGCCUCAUCUAGUACAUCCCACCUAGCUGAAUCAAGUAUCAAGCACAACACCUCACGUACAGGUCUAUCUUCAUUCCCAGAUGAACAGGGUCGUCUCACUACCUCGCACAAUCCACCCAAAUCACCCAUGUCUCUCAGAUCGUUUGGAUCGGAAAGACAAUCCCUCAACAACAUCACUCCUCGAGCUGUGAGAUCUACCAGUGCCAUGUCGAAUGUCCGACCUGGGACAUCUAUGAGUAAAAGGGCUGGUACGGCCGCUCAUGAGUAUAUGAGAAGACAUGAGGUACCAUCUACGAUCCUUGGUGGACAUCGAUAUAAGGGGACAUACAAGGGUGCUCCGAUAGCUGAUCCUGACGAUUUCGAUUUGGUCAGUAGAGAUGAUGGGGAUGAGAUGGAUGAGAGUUUUGAAGGUUUGGAGAAUGUCCGAGCCUGCUGCGAUGGCAAACAUCUUGUAGGGGAUCAUCAUCACCAUCACGAUCAUCCGAACGUACCCAAGACACCCGCUCGAUCUCAGACACCUUCCAUCAGAGCGUGGUCGAUGCGCUCAUCAACAGCUCGAAGACCUUCGAACGCAUCUUCAAGAAAACCGAUAGGUAAUAUCCAUACGGCCUUGGAGGGGGAUAGGGAAAGUAUCUUCUCGACUGUUAAGAAGAGGGACACGGAGAGGAGUAGAAGUAAGUCUGCUAUGGGACAUAGAGAUAGAUAUUAG